AUGGGUGAGAACUUCAGGGUUCAGGGUGUAAGCUGGGCCCAAGGCUGGCUGGGGGGCUGUGCAGAGCAACUCCAGGUGGCCUCUGCUGGCCCUUGCUGUCCCUCCUGGGCCAAGGUCCCCGAUGCCCUCUCUGCAGGCUCCAGGAUGACUGCUGAGAAAUUCCUGAACAGGCUUCCCAAGUGUGUCAUCCGACAGGGAGAGGUGAUUGACAUCCGGGGCCCCAUCAGGGACACCUUGCAGAGCUGCUGCCCAAUGUCUGCCCGGAUCCAGGAGAUCAUAGUGGAGACACCUGCCUUGGCUUCUGAGCGGCAGAGGAGCCAGGAGUCACCCACCAUGCCAGUGCCUCCGCUCUCCAUGUUGCGCAUCAAGUCUGAGAAUGGGGAGCAGGCUUUCCUAUUGAUGAUGCGGCCUGAGGACACCAUAGGCGACGUGCGCAACCUCUUAGCAAAGACCAGGGACAUGGAUUCAGCCAACUUUGAGAUCAUCAGCACCUUUCCACCCACGGUCUACAAGGAUGAUGCACUUACCCUGCAGGCCGCAGGCCUGGUUCCCAAUGCAACACUGCUGUUACGGCCUCCAAGAUCCCUGCCGUCAAACCCCAGCUUUGGUACUGGCUCUGACCCCAUGCUAGCCCAGGCUCACAUUCCUGAAUAAAGUGCCGCCCCUGACAUGA